AUUCGAUUCCUGUCGCUCGUUAGCAUCGAUAUCUCGUCUAUCAUGGUGGACAAGUAUAUUGCCGGCCUGCGGGCCCUGCUGGCUCGCCGCGUCGUGACCAUUGUGGCCAUGGCCGCUGUGCUGGCCAGCGUCAUUGUCAUUCUCGUCCGGAUCGGCCCCCCGGCGCAUCUCGACAACCUGAAGCUGCCAGACAUGAAGCUUCCCGAUCUCGACAUGUCGAAAAUCCCGGGUCUGGGACACGAAAAGGUCCACUAUGGACAUUGCGACCCCAAGAACUAUACCGACAUCAUCAAGGAGUGGAAGACGACGCGGGAGAAAUAUGACAAACUGAUGGGAGACAAGUUCACAAUUGCAAUGCAGACCUAUAAGCGACCCAAGGAGCUGGACGACACGCUACGCGUCCUCUUGGCCGAGAAGAUCCCCUCGCUGCACGAGAUUGUCAUUAUCUGGAACGACCUCGAGGAGAAGCCCCCGGGCAAUUUCAAGUCGGAAAAGGGCGUCCCUGUACGAUACAGGGUGUCGCAGCGCAACAGUCUGAACAUGAAGCUGCUGCCGGAUGCGGACUUCAAGACCAGGGCGGUUCUGCUUUCGGACGACGACGUAUACUAUAAGCCCGGGGACCUCGAGUUCGCCUUUCAGAGCUGGCGCAAGUUUGGUCAGAACCGAUUGACCGGAGCCAUGCCCCGUUGCGCUACCGCGGACGCCGAAGACCAAUGGAAAUAUGGCUUCUGCUCCAAGGAUGCGAAUCAGGACGUUUACUCCAUGAUUAUAACAAACUUGUGCUUCUCGCACAUGUCGUUCCUCGACUUUUACUCUUCCAAUAACACCGUCAUGGAAAAGGUCCGUAAAUAUGUCGAUGAUCACUUCAACUGCGAAGACAUUGCUCUCAAUUAUGUCGCCUCGUAUCUUACCGGCACGGGGCCUCUUCUCGUCACCGGUCGCGAUAGGUAUGUCAGCUACGAGCCUGCCGUGGGCAUCAGCAAGAAGCCUGGCCACCUGGAGGCCCGUACCAAAUGCUUAAACGACCUGACGGCGCUGUUUGGCUGCAUGCCUCUUGUCAACGAGACGGCUCAUAUCCAGCGUGGCGUUGUUGUCUUGUAAAAUUUCUAUGAAUGGGGUGGGACAUUGGCGUUUAUAAGAACAAACCCUCAGCCUGCCCAGGCUCAAGGGAUUGGUGGGUUUUGUCUCGGGUGGAGUUGCUUGCGAAUACACGCCGGUCAGUCAGACGCUUAAUUAAUGUCUUGGACGGGGAUGGACGGGUAAAACGGCGUCGAUCUCUUGGCGCAGGGAGCCUUGUGAUGGAAUAGAAUGGCGCGGCCUGCCAGUUUUGUGUAUACAUAGAGCCAGAUCAUGGGGGAGUUUUCCUGUUAUCCUAUAUAUCUACGUUUGGUCUUGGUUAGCGAUGGAUGAAAUAAGAACUGCUCAUUUCUCGUGGUUUAUAGUUCAAGUGGCUCUGCUUUGCUCGGAGACUCGACUUAUAGUAGUUGAGCAAAAUGAUGAGCGCUCAUGCGGAGGCUUUUGGAAUUAUAUAUCUUAAUUUAGCAACUGUUUUUUAGAAACAAAUAGGCCAUUCUCAUACCAUUUCUAG